AUGAGGCGGCGCCCUGUGGCGGGCAUCCUCCCAGAUCAAAUGGAGAAAUCAACAACCAAAACUCAAACCUCCCGAAUCUGCUUCCUCGCUGUCCUCACCGCUUUCUUCUGGCUCUUACUCCUUUACUUCCAUUUCAUCAUCCUCCCCCAACAAGAUCAACAUCAAUCCACCAUAACCGCCACCGUAAACCACCAACUAAUCCCUCUCAAACACCAACCACCACCACAAUUCAAGACUCCUCCAAGGAAGAACUAUGGGUUCCCUAAUAAGUCAACACUACAGCUUCAAUCACAAACCCCUCCCAAAUCCAACUUCCCCUUCACAAAAGCACUCGCAACUUCCAACAAUAAAACCGAUCCAUGUGGAGGAAGAUACAUUUACGUCCAUGAUCUUCCUUCCAGGUUCAACCAAGACAUGUUACGAGACUGCAAAACAUUGUCUCUCUGGACCAACAUGUGCAAGUUCACCACCAAUGCAGGUCUUGGUCCGCCUCUCGAAAACAUUGACGGAGUCUUCUCCGAUAAAGGCUGGUACGCUACUAACCAAUUCGCUGUUGAUGUCAUUUUCGCCAAUAGAAUGAAACAGUAUGAAUGCUUGACUAAAGACUCUUCCAUUGCUGCUGCUGUGUUUGUGCCGUUUUACGCUGGCUUUGACAUUGCUCGUUAUCUUUGGGGUUAUAAUAUUUCUAUGAGAGAUGCUGCUUCGCUUGAUCUUGUUGAUUGGUUGACCAAGCGGCCCCAGUGGGGGAUCAUGAACGGGAGAGAUCAUUUUCUUGUUGCGGGUAGGAUAACUUGGGAUUUUAGGAGAUUGUCUGAGGAGGAAUCGGAUUGGGGGAACAAGCUUUUGUUUUUACCAGCUGCUAAGAAUAUGUCUAUGCUUGUUGUUGAAUCUAGUCCUUGGAAUGCGAAUGAUUUUGGGAUUCCUUAUCCUACUUAUUUCCAUCCUGCAAAAGAUGAGGAUGUGUUUCUUUGGCAGGAGAGGAUGAGGAAGUUGGAGAGGAAAUGGCUUUUUUCUUUUGCAGGUGCGCCGCGUCCGGGUAACGCGAAAUCAAUUAGGGGUCAGAUAAUUGAGCAAUGUAGGAGUUCUAAGGGGGAUUCUUAUACUAGAAGAUCUGCUUUUGAUUCAAUGCUUGCUGGUUGUAUACCUGUGUUUUUCCAUCCGGGUUCCGCGUAUACGCAAUAUACCUGGCAUCUACCUAAGGAUUAUACUAAGUAUUCUGUAUUCAUUCCCGAGGAUGAUAUUCGAAAGAAGAGUGUUACUAUAGAGCAGAGGCUUAGGCAGAUACCUGAGGAGCAAGUGAGGGUCAUGAGAGAGAAGGUUACCAAUUUGAGGAAGGAUAUCAUUGAAGGUCGCACCGACGAAAACUUCAUUGAGGAGAAUAGUUGGAAAUAUGCACUGUUGGAUGAGGGACAGCGUGAAGUAGGGCUUCAUGAAUGGGAUCCUUUCUUCUCUAAACCUAAGGGGGGAAAUGGCGAAUCCACUGAUUCCUCUGCUGAAGCUGCGAAAAAUUCUUGGAAAAAUGAGCAAAGAACUCAAUAA